AAGGAAUGAUUGUUUUUUUUGUUCGCUGUUGAGUUGAAGAUUGGAACAAGAGUGUUGUGCGUUUCAUGCGCGCGUGCGCCUCCGUGCGGUGAUGUUCUAGACGUGGCUGCGCGAUUCAUCAGGCUCAUUCGAAUCCUGGACACGGACGCAAACGCACGUGGUCCGGUGUUCUCGGUUGGUGUGGACAAAUAUUAAUAUAACCACGAAUUGGUGUUGGCCAACUAAGGUGGGAAAAAUCGCUUUUAUCCAUUGGUGAACAGGAAGUUAGCACUUGUUUCCCUGCUACUACAAAGAGAGUUCAAAAACGAAAAAAGUUCAUUGCAACAUCGUGGCAGAAUAAUAAAUUACAGGCACGGUCUCUAACAGUGAAGGUAAUAAGUUGUGUACUUGAAGCAAGAAAGAGAGAAAAGUGCAUAAAAGUGAAAUGUGGAAACGAAUGUUACAUUAACAUAACUAUACUAAGCGCUUAUAGAUGGUGAAGCAGAUUGCAGGCUGUUUUUGCAGUGCCGUGAGGUAAACGAAGCAAACUUCAAGAAGCCAUAGGCUAGCCGCUGCUGGAGUCAUACCCAGCCGUCAGUUGGUGUGUGGGUCUAAGUGUUUUGUGGUGCUCUUGCAGAAAAUUUCAACGCUGAUCGAAGCUAGGCUGGAGGAAAACUAGUUUUCCAUCGGUGGCGUCGUGUUCGGAACAAGAAAAGAGCGCAAUCAAGAAAACUAGCCUCCACGUAACAUCUGAUGUAGCAACUGUGAGUAGGGUUUUAGGUGUUUGUGCGCGUGUUUAGCCGCGAGACAAAGCUAGAAGUGCUAGAAGUGCUAUCUACUAUCAUAAUACCGAAAUAUUGUGCUGAAAACCAGAGCAUUUGGAGUCAAAAUGUUGGCCACCAAUGGAAAACCGUUUUCGUUCGACAAAUCGGAGAUCAAUCCAUCGCGGAAGAAAGCAUCGAUCAAGCGCACGGUGCUUGAUGUUGUCGUUUUUCUUCUGACGUCGCUGGGCUAUAUCUUGCAGGCCAUCUACUAUCAACUAUUCGGCAAACCAACGAAAAGCAUCGAAGGAGAUGUGGCACUGGUCACUGGUGGUGGCGGAGGCCUCGGCCGGUUGCUAGCUCUCCGGUUGACCAAACUGGGCGCCAAAGUAGUGGUGUGGGACAUUAAUCAAGACGGUAUCGAUGAAACGGUGAAAAUAGUUCAUUCAGUGGGUGGCUUCUGCAAGGGAUAUAAAGUGGACAUUUCAAACAGAGAAGAGGUCUACAAAUGUGCCGACAUGGUGCGAGAGGAAGUUGGGGAGGUAUCGCUGUUGUUCAACAACGCGGGCGUUGUUUCGGGCCGAACACUACUCGACACCCCUGACCAUCUAAUCGAGCGUUCCUUCAACGUGAACAUUAUUGCGCACUUUUGGACGACAAAGGCCUUCCUGCCGUCGAUGUUGGAGCGCGAUCAUGGCCACAUUGUGACGAUCGCUUCCCUUGCGGGUCACGUCGGCAUCUCCAAACUGGUGGACUACUGUUCGAGCAAAUUCGCGGCGGUUGGUUUCGACGAGGCUUUGCGGAUAGAGUUGGAGUAUAUGGGAGCGCAUGGUGUUUUUACGACGGUGAUCUGCCCAUACUUCAUUCAAGCCACGGGAAUGUUCGAUGAUGUGAAUUCUAGGUGGGUUCCAACGCUCAACUCUAAUGACGUGGCUGACAAAAUCAUCGAUGCCGUUCGAAGAAACGAGAAGUAUGCCAUAAUACCAGGAUACCUUCAGAUAAUGCUGGCUAUCAAAUGGAUAUUCCCGUGGGGUUGCAACUCAGGCUUCCUGCGACGGCUGGUUCCGGAUGCUACGCCCCAGCACGCGGUCACUCCCUUGCCGACACCAAAUGGAGUUAAAAUGAACGAUAGCAGUCAUCCCUUAUCGACGACGUCGUCCUCCUCGGCAGAUAACAACAAUACCAAAACAUCAUCCCUACUGGUCCAUCGACUGUCCACCGGCGAGCGAGUCCUGUAGGAAUCAUGGACGCUGCAAUCCUGCUUCUAGUUACUUAACUGAAAACUAUCAUCCAUACGCUGCUAUAAGUGCAUUCGCAGGACUGACAGAUUUAUGAAUGAGAAACGAAACUAUGGAAAUCGGUUCAUCACCGGUUUUUCCUAACAUGAGGCGUGUGAAGUUUUUAAAACAGUUUCAGUCAGCUUGUCGAGAGUAGGUGCGAACCAAUGUGAUUGCCUUUUAAGGAACGGAAAUUAUAUUAUUGAAUAAAUUGCAGGUUAGGUUUAAGGCUGGAUCAUCAUUCCUAUAAGUUGGGAUAGUUAGCGGUAACGUAAGAACUACUAGUGUUAAGUCAAUAAGAACUCCUAAAACUUCCUAUUCCUGAUGACGAUAUUUACUUCCAAUAGAUUUCAGAACAAAUUUUGGCUGUUAAACUUUAGAAAAGUGUCUUGCUAUCACCUCUCAUUUAUAGUUAGCACUUAGAUUGAAGCAUUCCAAUUUGAAACUCUAUAAAUGUUCCUUGGAGCAAUAGCGCAUAAAAACUCCUCCUUCAUCACGUUGCCCAUUCUUUCCAAUUGAGAGUAGAGUAGCUGUUUUAGUACAAUAAAGUAACGUUAAACUUA